AAUUUUUAAAAUACAGGUAUACAUAUAAAUAGGGAUAUAUCUUUAUUUUAAUUUUAGUCAUAGUUUUGAAACUACAGUAUCUGGUGGCUGGUUAACAAAAAAAAAAAUAAAAUAUUAUAUUAAGUUAAUAUCAUUUUUAAAAAAUGAAACUUAUUUUAGUUUUUGCUGCACUAUUGUGCUAUACCUGUGCCGCACCUACUGGAGCACCUGCACCCUCUACCGGCAAACCACCUGCACCUACAACAGGCAGACCACCGGUACCUACAACAGGCAGACCCCCUGUUCCUACAACAGGCAGACCCCCAGUUCCUACAACAGGCAGACCACCGGUACCGACAACAGGCAGACCACCGGUACCUACAACAGGCAGACCCCCUGUUCCUACAACAGGCAGACCACCGGUUCCUACUACCGGCAGACCUCCGGUUCCUACUACUGGCAGACCACCGGUACCUACAACAGGCAGACCACCGGUACCGACCACAUUAUCACCAUUGGAGCACGAGCGACAAGUGCUUCUCCAACGUGGCGCUGCCCUACUGGCACGUGUACAGAAAACUGUCCAAAAACUAAGAGACGAGAAACGCCAACAUUUGGCCGGCGAAUUGUUGGCCGAAGAGGAACGCCUACAUCGACUGCUCGAUGAACUCAAAGCUGUUACCGAUGUCGACGCACUUCGGCUUCUGGAGAUUGAAGUCGGACUCGUUGAACGACGUGUCGAAAUUGAAGAGUCAUUGUUGGAAAAAGAGACCGAAAGUCAGGAACAGUUACUGAAAGAUGCGAAAAUACUUAGUGAAUACGUUAAGUUGGAAAUUGAAAAACUAGAAAAAACUACGGGUCCUGAUAGACAUAAGGCUCACGAAGCUGCCCGUGCUCUCAGACAUGAGGAACACCGACUGUUGCAGGUAUGCGGCGAACUGGUACACGCACAGACUGUCCAACGUAUUGCCGAAUAUGAGGUCGAACUCAGAACCAUUGAAGUCCGUAUCGCCGAAAUACUCAGACACUUGCACUUUCAUCCACCGACACCUACCGGUGCGCCCACACCUCCUGUGUUUUAGAUUCUCUACAUAAUACUAAUAACAUAUGACACUACUACC